CGCCGAGCGCAGGCGCUCAGUGUCAGCGGAGAUGGAGGAGAUGGCGGAGCCCGGCGCGGAGCCGGGCGCGGGCCGGACCGGCGCUGGGGCGGCGGCGAUGGCGAAGGGCGAUAACGAGAGGAGCGACGGCGUCUCCGGAGGGGCGGCCGCCGCUGCGUCGUCCCCGCCGUGCUCCCCUCCGGCGGCCUUCGGGGGCGAGGGCGGCGGGGCGAAGCCGCUGAGCGCGGCGGAGUACGCGCGGCGCGUUCACCAGUGGCUGUGGGACUCGUACUGCGGGUACCUCAGCUGGCAGGGCUGCCUGCCCGCGCUCCUCGCCGCCUCCGCCGCGCCCGCCGCCGCCGGCCCCCCUCGCGUCGCCGCGACGCCGCCCGCUCCCUCCCCACCGCCGGGGGCGGCCGCCGCCGCCUACUACAGCCCCUUCUACCUCUUCGCUCCGCCGCCGGCCCACACGGCCGCCGCCGGGCCGAGCCCCCGCGCCGCCGCCGCGCCCGCCCCCGCUUGGCCGGGAGCGGCGGGCAGGUUGGCCCCCGUGCCCAGGGCGGCCUCCGGCAGCGCCACCGGCACCAGCGGCAGCGGCGCCCCACGGGACACGGGGCGGCCGGCAGGUCGGGAGUUCAUCAUCCCUUCGUUGGCACACAGAUUCAUAGCAGAGAUGGUGGAUUUUUUUAUUCUGUUCUUUAUAAAGGCAACCAUUGUUUUAAGUGUUAUGCACCUCAGUGGAAUAAAGGACAUCUCUAAAUUUGCCAUGCAUUACAUCAUAGAAGAAAUAGAUGAGGAUACAUCCAUGGAAGAUUUGCAGAAGAUGAUGGUAGUAGCUCUCAUCUACAGGUUAUUAGUCUGCUUCUAUGAGAUAAUCUGUAUUUGGGGAGCAGGUGGAGCAACCCCAGGGAAGUUCUUGCUUGGACUGCGCGUCGUGACAUGCGAUACGUCGGUGCUUAUUGCGCCCAGCCGUGUGUUAGUCAUUCCGUCUUCUAAUGUCAGUAUGACAACGUCCACAAUACGAGCUUUGAUCAAGAAUUUUUCUAUCGCUUCAUUUUUCCCUGCGUUCAUUACCCUGCUGUUUUUCCAGCAUAACAGAACAGCCUACGAUAUUGUAGCAGGAACUAUUGUGGUAAGAAGACAUGGAGUCAGAUGAUACAGAACGAUGAGAUUUCCAGACUGGUUGUGAACAUCCCCUCCCACCCCCAGUGAACAAAGAGCUACCCUAAAACUGAAAUUGAGGUGUCUGUCAGAAUCUCUUGCCCAGAUUAAAUGGGAACUGAUUCAGAAGCUAAAGAAAAUGUUUUGCUCCGUUACGAUGCCAGCAGCUACCUUCAAAGUCUUGAAUUUUUCACAAAUGCCAAAGAAGUUUGGGAGAAACGAUCCAUGCUGAAUCUGGGAGUAUUAACCUCCGAUUGAUGAGGAAGAGGCUGUAUUAACUGCAGAAAGGAGCUGUUCUGUUCAUCAGCCUGGGGAGAGCAGAUACCUAGACAUCUUAAAACUCACUCCAGCUUAAAAAGAAAUGUUGCUCCUACAGUUUGGGAUGUUGGCAGGUAACUGCAAAAUCAAGUCGUUUGCCUACGUUGUACGAUAAACUGAGAGGGAAGAGAACUGCAGUAUGAGACAAUAAGGCAAAUCACGUUAAUUAAAUUGCUGUGUGUAGGAAGAGGUGAGCAGUGGUUAUCGUGUCCCUUAUUAUUGCCUCACAGAUCAUACUCCCUCAUCUCUUUAAGUAUUUUAUCAGAACAUUGAUGUGAAGUUUUAUGCAUGAUUGUCUCAAGCAUUGUCACUUAUUUCACAUGUCGAAGCUAACGAAGAGGUGAAAUAACGGCUGCUUUUUCUCUGGGAAGGUUAUGUUACGCUGCAGUGUUAGUGAAUCGAUGUGUAUAAAUAACUUUUGAGCUAUGAGCAGUACAGAUCACGCCGAUGAAAGGUAACUUUUCUGCUUCUGUUUGGAGAGAAAGCACCUGUCUACUUCUUGCAUAUAAUACCGAGCAAAACAACUGCACGUGUUUCAGGAGCAUGCAGGAAACAUUAACUGAAAUGUGUCAUGGGUGUAAAUCCACGGAAGUACAAGUACUGGUUAUUUUCACUUUACAAUUCUAAUUGUUUGUAUAUUCAGAAUAACUUAAAUACUGAAAAAAGCCUAAUAUUUUGCAUGGUUACAUAGCUUUGAUAAUUUGUUUAAUCUCAUGUUAUUAGUAUCUUGGGAAAGGAAUAUAAGCAACAGUGUUAAUGUUUUAUUAAAAUUUGAGUAAAGAGUCUGGAAUUCUUCUAGA